AUGAUUACUUACUGCUUACUGGAGCAGGCAUUAAAGGAUGCAGUGGUUGAAAUCUUCAAUUGCAGAGAGGAAGAUACACCUUAUUCUUCAGUUGCUGCUGUCACUAUUGGGAAGGAGGCAUCAUGCUGUACACUUAUUGCUGACAAGUUUACACUAACUUCACCAGAGAUAUUAGUGGGUCAAUGGUUCAGUCGUCUUCUGCUGGCCGGUAUACUCAUGGAUACUGGAAAUUUGACAAACUCACAGACUACAACAAAGGAUAAGUACAUGACCACCUUAUUGAUAAAUGGGGCAGGUCGAUUUGGAUGCAAUGGUCUUUAUGAAAUUUUGAGAUACAAAAUGCAUGAUGCAGCUGAUGCCAGACCAGGAGAAGUUUCUCGAAAAGAUAUUAAAAGAUUGUCAAAAUCAGAUGCAGCUGACCCCAGAGUUGGAGAAGUCUUAGAAAAAGAUAUUAAGAAAUUGUCAAAAUCCAAUGUAGCUGACCCCGGAGUAGGAGAAGUUUUACAAAGAGAUGCUAAGAAAUCAUCAAAACCCAAUGCAGCUGACCCCGGAGUACGAGAAGUUUUACUAAAAGAUAGUAAGAAGUUAUCAAAAUCCGAUGCAGCUGACCCCAGUGUAGGAGAAGUUUUACAAAAAGAUACUAAGAAAUCGUCAAAAUCGGUUGAAGCUGAUCACAGAGCAGAAGAAGUUUUACAAAAAGAUAUCAAAAAGUUGUCAAAGUCGGAUACAGCUGAGCCCAGAAUGGAAGAAGUUUUACGAAAAGAUGAUAUAAAUUUGUCAAAAUCGGAUGCACCCGACCCCAGAACAGGAGAAGUUUUACGGAAAGAUAUUAAAAGAUGGUCAAAAUCAGGGAAACCUGGUGGUACAGGAUCAAGAAUGGGGAAUUCAAAUAUUGGAAUGAGUUCAGUCGGAAUAUCUAUAGGAGAGCUCUUAACACAUCACUCUACUUCAGCUGAAAACAUAAGAAGUUUCCAGCAACUAGAGAAACUUCACAUCCUCUUGAUCGUUUCAGGGUAUUAUGAUGCAGAGAAGAGUUUCAAGAGAGAGAUUCUAGUCUCAGCUGAAUCUGCUGAGCUUAUGAAAAGCCUGCUCCAUUUUAUCUACUCCUAUGCAAAUGUACUUCCACUCAAAGCUUUGCGCCAAUCAGGUCUAGCUGCUGAGAUGAGGGUGUUCGAGAUUGAAAAAAUUGUAUCAAGGAAAACGAUUGAGAAACUUCUGGAAGAAUUCAAUGAGAGAACAAAAUAA